UUUUUUUUUUAUAAGGAACCGUUUAUAAGGAACCUACAUGUAGAAGGUCAAAAAACUUAAGGAACUUUUACUACUAAAGGCCAAAUCCCUAAGGAACUUUUUAAUUUUGAAUAUAUUUAUAUUUCCGCACAAUUUACAAUUAGGAAGCCGGUUCCAUUGAUUUUCAGUAAAACCGGCCAUGCUCAUGGGGCCAAGAAUCAACAUGAGAAAUUUCCGUUUUAACUCACCUCACAUGCAGCUGUGCUUUGUUGUGAAUUCACACUUUAGGUGUUUUAGUUUUAGUCAAAUAGGUUAGUCACAACAAAAUAGAAUUCUUAUUCUGUGUGUGUGGCUGAGUAUUACAGUAGUUGCAAUAUGGGAGAUAAGAAAAAGCAGUCAACGUUGUUCAAGUUCGGUUUUUCUAAAAAGAUACCUCAUCGAAAUGAGUUACAAGAAGUCCCUGGUCGUUCGUUUGUUGAGGAUGAUGAUGUAAGUUUGUAUCGUUGUGACACAUGCAACAAGCAUUUCAAAAGUAAGUCUGGCCUUACGAUGCACGUGUCUUGGUGCACUUCGAAAAAAGACAGUGAGAGAGAAAAAGAACAACCAACUAAAAAAAUCGAUGAAAUUCCAUUGAUCUUGGAAAGUAGCGCCGAGGCUGUUGAGCCACAAAAAGAACCAACUGCUAUUGAUGUGGAUGAGAACAUCGAAGAAACUGUAGAGGAAUGUCAAGAGAUAGAGAAAAGUGCUAGAGCGUCAGAAGCAGGAGAAAGCAGUCAGCACCAUCGAGAGAAGAAGAACAGACUAUCUUAUGACACCGAAUUUAAGCUAAAAGUUAUCGAGGAAGCAAAGAAAAACCAAAAGAAUGACGUUGCAUUCAAAUACAACAUCUCUAAAUCGAUGGUAUCGACCUGGGUUAAAAAUGAGAAGAAAAUUACUGAUGCAGCCGCCGAUAGCCACAGGAAAAUGAUGAAAAAGAUCAGACCCAGCACAAGGCAUAAGCAAGUCUUCGUGAUGCUUCACGAAAAGUUCCUACAAGCAAGAUCAAAGGGGAUGCGAAUAUCUUUUGCAUGGCUGUACGCAAAUGCUAGGAAGAUUAACCCCGAAUUCGACCAAACUGCCCAAUCAGAUAUUAAAGCUAUCCCGAAAUCUGCAGUCUUCAACUUUAUCAGGAAGUACAAAAUCAAGUUGAGGAGAAUUCAGCGUAAGAAAAGGGCUGAGAAAACGAGCUUCUUGCCAGGCAUGAUUGGUUGGCACACAACUUUGCGCGAAGGCUUGAUCAAGACAGGAAACGCAAAGCCUUCCUAUGACAGCAAAUGGGGGAGAUUCCGACCAUCUAAACGCUUCAACGUUGACCAAGUUCCUAUGCCGUUUGCGGUCGAUUGUAAAACAACAUACGAAAAACACUUUCCGCGCGGAGAACAAAGAAACCAUCGAACCUGGGUCAGCACACCGGGACCGGGACUUGAUAAGCGGCAGUGCACGUUACAAAUCUGCUUUGCAGCCGAAGGACCGCCAGUCAAAAUUGCAAUUAUUUUCCGUGGAACAGGGAAAAGAAUCAGCCAGGAUGAAAUACAGGCAUACCACAAAGACGUGGAUGUUUACUGGCAGACAAACGCCUGGGCAGACAUCAAUUUCAGCAUCGACUGGGUGAAGAGAACUCUGAAACCAGCUGUCCAAAAUUCUUCCGAAACAGGUGAAAAUGAAGAAUUCGUUCUUUUCUGCGACAACUUAAGUGCGCAAACUAAUGAUCUGUUUCUGAGUAAGGUCAGAAAAUUAAAUGGUGUUGUUUGGUUCGGUUUGGCCGGUGCGACAGACAUCUGGCAACCUGUAGAUUGUGGCUUUGGAAACAUGCUGAAGUCUUUGGUUCGAACCCUCCAAGAUGAGUGGCUGCAAAGGACAAAGCUUCUUUAUUAA